AUGAAAAGGACAAAUACUUUUUACGAAUUUAAAAUUAUAGUUAAAAUAUUUAAUGCUUGGGUACAAUGGUAUUAUCAAUUCUCAAGAAUAUGCAAUAUUAUGAGAAAAAUACAGCAAAUUAUAGAAAAUAAAAUGAAACAAAAAAUCUUUCUAUGUUGGAAAUCAUACAUAUUUCAUAAAAAAUGUAUGAGAAGAAAACUGUUUCUUUGUUUAACUAAAUAUCAUAAAAAGAUUUCUAUUAAUGCAUUUAAUAAAUUGCAAGAUUAUGUUCUAUAUAAGAAAAGAAAACAAAUACAAAUGUUAAGUUUAAGUACUCAAGCAGUUACUAUUAUUGUUAAAAUACAGAAUAUGUACAUAGAAAAAUGGAAAAAGAAAUUAAAUAUACAUAUGCAAGAAAAACGUAGAAUAUUCCUAGCUACUGAAUUGUACAAUAAUAAUAUUUUUAAACAAUAUCUUUUUUUGUGGAAAAAGUUUUCUCAGCAGUAUAAGUUAAAAUUGUUACAAAAAAAGAAAUUAGAUGAACGUGCUUCUUACUUUGUCUUGAAUAAGUAUAUUAUGAUAUGGAAACUAAAAUGUGAAGAUAAAUACAAAAUUUAUAAAAAGGAAAAGUUAAUUAUUUUUGUCAUACAUAAGAGUAUACAGAAGAAGUACCUUAUGUUUUGGAAAAAGUAUAUAGCUAAAAAAAUAGAUAAAAAAAGAGAUAUUGAAUAUGCAAAAAAUAUAAAUAAAAAGUUUUUAUUACAAGAAGGAUUAAGAGAAAUUUUAAGAAAUUCUUUAUUUACUAUGGAGUUUCACUAUGAAAGCAGAAUAAAAUAUACAACAUUAAAACUUGUAGGAGACUUUGAAAUACUAAGUAAAUAUUUUAAUAGAUGGCUAUCAAUAGUUUAUUUAAAAGAA